AGCUGAGUUGUAUCCAUCCAGGAGGGCUGUGUGUACAGGAGGGAUCAUGAAGUGUCUUGUUGCUGUUUUGGUCUGUGUGGUGCUCGCAGAGGGAUUCAAGGUCCCUCUGACGAAGCACAAGUCUAUGCGUGAGGCCCUGAGAGAGAAGGGGAUUGAGCUGCCUUACCAGGAUCCAGCUCUGAAAUACUACCCCAAUGAGUUCGCCACCACUGCCGGCAUGUACAUCAAUAACUAUGCUGAUACCACCUACUAUGGACCCAUCAGCAUUGGAACACCCCCCCAGUCCUUCCAGGUGCUGUUUGACACCGGCUCUGCCAACCUGUGGGUGGACUCCGUCUACUGUAACACUCAGGCCUGCAACACACACAAAAAGUUCAAUCCCCAGCAGUCCUCCACCUUCAGUGCCAAAGGACAGACCUUCUACCUGCCCUACGGAGCUGGAAGCCUCUAUGGAACCUUUGGAUAUGACACUGUCACUGUUGCCGGCAUUGUGAUCCCUAACCAAGAGAUUGGUCUGAGCACAAACGAGCCUGGUCAGAACUUUGUUGUGGCCAAGUUUGACGGCAUCCUAGGCCUGUCCUACCCAAGCAUCUCAGCUGGAGGAGAGACUCCCGUCAUGGACAGCAUGAUAUCUCAAAACCUUCUAAGUGCCAACAUCUUCGCUUUCUAUCUUUCCAGGAAUGGACAGCAGGGCAGUGUGCUGACUUUUGGAGAAGUGGACAACAGCUUGUACCAGGGGCAGAUCUACUGGACGCCUGUCACCUCUGAGACCUACUGGCAGAUUGGCGUUGAAGGAUUCCAGAUCAAUGGUCAAGACACCGGCUUGUGCUCUCAGGGCUGCCAGUCCGUUGUUGAUACUGGAACCUCCUCACUGACCGCCCCACAACAGAUUCUGGGUACCAUCAUGCAAGCCAUUGGAGCCCAACAGAGCCAGUAUGGAGCGUAUAUGGUGGACUGCAGCCAGGUUAACAACUUGCCAACUCUCAGCUUUGUUAUCAGCGGUGUUGCCCUCCCUCUGCCUCCUUCUGCCUACAUUAAACAGCAAUACCAGAAUGGAUACCAGUAUUGCUUAGUGGACAUCUACCCCACCUACCUGCCCUCUCGAAAUGGCCAGCCCCUGUGGAUCUUUGGAGACGUCUUCCUCAGAGAGUACUACUCCAUCUACGACCGCACCAACAACCGUGUUGGCUUUGCUACAGCUGCCUAAGUGUCAUCAGUGUAAUCUGACCACCAACCUGAUCAAAUAAUAAUGAUGUCUGCUCAAACACUGUUAAGAGCCUGAAUCCCAAACAACUGCUCUGGGAUUAUUCUAAAUGAUCAAUUUGGACAAUAUGGGUUUAAUUUUAAUAAACGUAUUCAUCACUAUAAAUUACAGAACAUAUUAACAUGUCUUUAACAUCUUCAAUUUGGUAUGUAGAGAUCUAGUUGUAUAUGUAUAUUCAAAACAGAAAAAAUGUGUCUCAAGCAGAAUAAAGGUAAAAAUGCAAGUG